AAAUAAACGUUAACUUACCCACGCGAUCACCCGUUCAAAAAGGAAUAGCUGAGGGCAGUCUACCGCAAAUAUACGAGUGUACAUGGUUGUGAAUCUCGCAUGGAUACUCAAGAUAAUACACACAACACAGAACCUGACAGGAAGUUUCUCUUAAAGCAAGCACAGCUACCGCCUAAGCAUUCUUUCGAGGCAACUAAAGAUAGCACAAAAACUCAAGAACAAAUCGAUCAAACACCUACAGAGCCUCGUGAUAAAUUGCCUUUAAAGAGGAGCCUGAUCCCAUCAGAUGCCUCCAAAGAGAUUGACCUGAUGAACAAUGCUGCGAAGCAGAAAAUCCGUAAGCAAAGUGAUCAAACACCUACAGAGCCUCGUGACAAGUUGCCUGUAAAGAGGAGCAUGAUCCUAUCAGAUGCCCCCGAAGAGAUUGACAACGCUGCAAACCAGAAACCCAGUAAUGAAAAACCUGUAGACAAGUCAGCAGAAGAUUUAUCAAUCUCAGGCCAACAAACAAACACAUCAUCCUUCGACAUUCCAUCAAGGUAGGAGUUUACCUAUACGAGUAAAUGGACAUUUUUCUACCAGAAAAUUCCAAACAAAU